AUGGCUAUUCUGAUAGCGUUGAUGAUAUUGUUAAUGAGAAGAAAGUUGAUGACAUUGAUGUCGAAUAAUAAUGAUAAUGUUGAUAAUAGUGAGGGCGGUAAUGCUGAUAACGUUAUCGAUGAUAAUGUUGUUGAUGAUAAUUAUGGUACGAAGACUCUGUCACAGUUAUUAUCUAUACAUUUUCUUAUCAACCCAAUUUUAUGUUGCAGAUACUUGAGUGACAAUAACAUCAAGCAUAUCCAGGCAGACACCUUCCGGAAUCUGUCCCUUUUAACCGACCUAUACCUGAGUCAUAAUAAUAUCAAGGAAAUCCAAUCAGACACCUUCCAAAAUCUGUCCAGUUUGAGAGAACUAGAUUUGAGUUCUAAUGAUAUCAAAGAAGUCAAAGUGGACACCUUCCGAAAUAUGUCCAGUUUAACAAUUAUAUCUUUGAGUUCUAAUGAUGUCAAAGAAAUCAAAGUAGGCACCUUCCAAAAUCUUUCCAGUUUAAUAACUCUGAAUUUACGCUCCAAUGAUAUAAAGGAAAUCAAAGCAGACGCCUUUCGGAAUCUGUCCAGGUUAACAAAUCUAUAUUUGCAAAAUAAUAAUAUCGAAACAAUUGAAGUAAGGGCUUUCCAUGACCUGACCAGUUUAAGAUCUCUGAAUUUAAGUUCAAAUGAUAUUACAGCAAUCAAAGCCGAUAUCUUCCGAAAUCUGUCCAGUUUACACACACUAAACUUGACUUUUAAUGAUAUGAAGGAAAUCAAAGCAGACACCUUCCGAAAUCUGCCCAGUUUAACAAAUCUAGAUUUACAAAAUAAUAAGAUCGAAAAAAUUGGAGUAAGAGCUUUUCAUGACCUGCCUAGUUUAAAAUCUCUGAAUUUAACUUCAAAUGAUAUUACAGCAAUCAAAGCCGACAUCUUCCGAAAUCUGUCCAGUUUAACAACUCUAUACUUGACAUUGAAUGGUAUGAACGAAAUCGAAGCAGACACUUUCCGAAAUCUGUCCAGUUUAACAAAUCUAUAUUUGCAAAAUAACAAUAUUGAAACGAUCGAAGUAAGAGCUUUGCAUGAUCUGCCCAGUUUAAAAUCUCUGAAUUUAAGUUCAAAUGAUAUGCGGGCCAUCAAGGCCGAAAUCUUCCGAGGUCUGUCCAGUUUAGCAACUCUAUACUUGACUAAUAAUGAUAUGAAGGAAAUCAAUGCGGACACCUUCCGAAAUCUGCCCAGUUUAACAAAUCUACAUUUGCAAAGUAAUAAUAUCGAAAUCAUUGGAGUAAGAGCCUUGCAUGUCCUGCCCAGUUUAAAAUAUCUGGAUUUAAGUUCAAAUUAUAUGAAGGCAAUCAAAGCCGACAUCUUCCGAAAUCUGUCCAGUUUAACAACUCUAUUAUUGGCCUCUAAUGACAUGAAGGAAAUCAAAGCAGAUACCUUCCGAAAUCUGUCUAGUUUAACAAAUCUAUAUUUGCAAAAUAAUAAUAUCGAAACAAUUGAAGUAGGAGCUUUCCCAGACCUGCCCAGUUUAAGAUCUCUGGAUUUAAGUUCAAAUGAAAUGAAUGCAAUCAAAGCCGAGAUUUUCCAAAAUCUGCCCCGUUUAACAACGCUCUACUUGACUAAUAAUGAUAUGAAGGAAGUCAAAGCAGAUACCUUCCGAUAUCUGUCCAGUUUAACAAAUUUAUAUUUGCAAGAUAAUAAUAUCGAAAAAAUUGAAAUUAGAGCUUUUCAUGUACUGCCCAGUUUAAGAUCUCUAGAUUUGAGUUCUAAUGAUAUGAAAGAAAUCACAGCAGAUGUCUUCCGUAAUCUGGCCAGUUUAACAAAUCUAUACUUGACAUUUAAUGAUAUAAAGGAAAUCAAAGCAGACACCUUCCGAAAUCUACCCAGUUUAACAAGUCUAUAUUUACAAAAUAACAAUAUUGAAACGAUCGAAGUGCAAGCUUUCCAUGAUCUGCCCAGUUUAAAAACACUAUAUUUAAACUUUAAUGAUAUGAAAGAAAUCAAAGCAGGCAGCUUCCAAAAUCUGACGAGUUUAACAAGUCUAUCCUUGGCUUCAAAUGAUAUCCAGGCAAUCACAGCAGACACCUUCCGAAAUCUGUCCAGUUUAAAAUAUUUAUCUUUGAAUUCUAAUAAUAUUACAGACAUCAAGGCAGACACCUUCAAAUAUCUGUCCAGUUUAACAGAAGUAUAUUUGAAUGAAAAUAAUAUCAGCACAAUUCAAGUAGGAACCUUCGAUGAUCUGCCCAGGUUAAAACGUCUAGACUUGAGUUCUAAUGAUAUCAGCGAAAUCAAAACAGACACCUUCCGAAAUAUGUUCCGUUUAACAAAUCUAUAUUUGAAGGAAAAUAAUAUCGAUAAAAUUCUAGUAGGAACCUUCGAUGAUUUGCCCAGGUUACGUUUUCUAUCUUUGACUACUAAUGCUAUCAACGAAAUCAAAACAGACACCUUCCGAAAUCUGUUCCAAUUAACAAAUCUAUAUUUGAAUGAAAAUAAUAUCAGCACAAUUCGUGUAGGAACCUUCGAUGAUCUGCCCAGGUUAAGCUUUCUAUCUUUGGGUGCCAAUGGCAUCAAGGAAAUCAAACCAGACACCUUCCGAAAUCAGUUCCGUUUAAUAUAUCUGAAUUUGAGUCUUAAUGAUAUCAAAGAAAUGAAAGGAGAAAUAUUCCAAAAUCUUUACAGUUUAAAAGCUCUGUAUUUGGAUGGUAAUGGUAUGAAGAUCGAAGCAGAAAUGUUCCAAAAUGUUUCCAGCUUAACAACUCUCGAUUUGAGUGGUAAUGAUAUGAAGGAAAUCAGACCAGAAAUAUUCCAAUAUCUUCCCAGAUUAACAGAUCUAUAUCUGAACGACAAUAACAUAACGUAUAUUCAACGUGAUAUCUUUGGAAACCUUCCGAAUUUAGAAAAAUUAUAUUUGAAUAAAAAUAAUAUCGACAAAAUUCAAGAAGGAACCUUUGAUGAUUUGUCCUGGUUAAGAUACCUUGAUUUGGGUGGUAAUGAUAUCAAGAAUAUCAAAGGAGAAACAUUCCGAAAUAUUUCCAGUUUAACAACUCUAGAUUUGGGUGGUAAUGAUAUGAAGGAAAUCGAUGGAGAAUUAUUCCAAUAUCUUUCCAGCUUAAAAACUCUAUAUCUGCAUAACAAUAGCAUUACAUAUAUUCAACGUGGUAUCUUCGAAAGCCUUCGAAAUUUAGAAAGCUUAUAUUUGUAUGAAAAUAAUAUCGAGACAAUCCAAGUAGGAACCUUCGAUAAUCUACCUAGUUUAAUGUAUCUAGAUUUGAGUAAGAAUCGAAUAAAAACCUAUGAGGAUGGCGUUUUCUUAUUCCUGCCCAGUAUAACUUACAUCGACCUCAGAAAUAAUACAGGUAUGAUGUGUGGAUGUCAUCUGCCAGCCUUGGUUAAUUAUACGAAAUCAAAGUUUGGCAGAACUGUGGAGGUCCAGGGCGAGUGUCAGACAGAUCCAGGCAAUAACCAGAUCCAAGUAAUACCAAUAAUGGAAUUCUCGCAAUGUCAAAAUUACUCGUUAUUUCAACGCAAUUUGCAGUGUCAAACAUGUUCAGGUUUUAUGUGCAAGGAAUCGGAAGUGACAAACUGUACAAGCGAUGAGCCUGUAUGUGAAAAUAAAAUAACGAUGAAUGGUGUCACACUGGAGUUUGAAAGAUCCUGCAGUUCAUACAGAAAAUGUCUUGCAGCUCUGAGAAACAAUCCCUUUACAUGCAAUAAAUGGACCAGUGGCGCUUCUUGUGUUAGUUGUUGCACCGGAAACAUAUGUCAGAAGAACGAUUCCAUUGGCUGGACUAAUUUCUUUCUGUUUCAUCUAAUUUACAAUUCAACAUUUAAAAAUGCCAAUGAAUACAAAUCACAUGCUGAGAACGUAUCUAUAGCCAUGGAGAAUGAAUUAUUAAACUUAACGGGAGCGUGUGACGUUACACAUUGUGGAUUGGAAGGGCAGAAAGAGAUAUUCAGUAUUAAUUGCUCAGUACCUGACAAUGUCGCUAAAGAUGAAGUAUUAAAACAAAUUUUUGAAAAUUUUAACACAUCACAGACAUUCCGUACAUUGGGAAUUCACCAAGAUAAGAUGGAAUUGAUUGGUGAAAUGGUUUGUAAUGAAAACACAACAUCAUCAAACAAUGACAUUUACUACUGGCCAAUGACCAAAGUAGGGACUAAUGUGACGGUCCCAUGUGGUGCAAAUACAGCAACAAGACAUUGCUCGGCGGUAGAUCUAGAAAUGCGAAAGUGUUUCCCAUUUACUGGUAUCUGGCAAGAACCGGACAUUUCCCAGUGUUACACUACACAAUGGACGAAUAGCUUUCUAUAUCAUCUGAUUUACAAUUCCACUUUUAAGAAUAAUAUAAAAGACACAAAAACUGCUGAAAACGUAUCUAGAGCUAUGGACAAUGAAUUAUUAAACUUGACAGGAGAGUGUGAUGUUGAACAUUGUGGAUUAGGGGAACAACAAGAUGUAUUUAGUAUUAAUUGCUCAGUACCAGAUAAUGUUACUAAAGAUGAACUUUUGAAAGGAAUUUUUGAAACUUUUAACACGUCACGGACAUUACGUACUUUGGGAAUCCACCAAGAUACGAUGGAAUUGAUUGGUGAAAGAGUUUGUAAUGAAAACACAACAUCAACUAACAAUCGUACUCUCUACUGGCCAAUGACAAAAGUAGGAACUAAUGUGUCGAUCCCAUGUGGUGCAAAUACAUCAACAAGACAUUGCUCGGCGGUAGACCUAGAAAUGCAAAAUUGUUCCCCAUUUACUGGUAUCUGGCAAGAACCAGAUACGUCUCAGUGCUACGAAAAACCAAAGAACACUACACGCUGGACGAAUUCCUUCCUAUUUCAUCUCAUUUACAAUUCGACAGUUAAGAAUAUCAAAGAUGCUGAAAUCGUAUCUAGAGCUAUGGAGGUUGAAUUAUCAAACUUGACAGGAGUGUUUCACGUUGAAUAUUGUGGAUUAGGGGAACAACAAGAUGUAUUUAGUAUUAAUUGCUCAGUACCAGAUAAUGUUACUAAAGAUGAACUUUUGAAAGGAAUUUUUGAAACUUUUAACACGUCACGGACAUUACGUACUUUGGGAAUCCACCAAGAUACGAUGGAAUUGAUUGGUGAAAUAGUUUGUAAUGGAAGCACAACAUCAACAAUGAAUGGCACUUUCUAUUGGCCAAUGACAAAAGCAGGGACUAAUGUGACAAUCCCAUGCCACGCAAAUGUAGCAAUGAGACACUGCUCUUCCAGAAAUGUGGUACAAUCCGAAACGUCCACAUAUCAGUAUAAGACAUUAAGAAAAUGUUCACUAUUCUCUGGUGUCUGGCAAGCGCCAAACAUGUCUCAAUGUUACAAUACAGAAGGGAUCACUGAACAACUAAAGAACCUGAAAAGCGUAGAAAUCAGUAAAGAAAAUGUUGAGGAGGUUUCAAGAAAUCUCAGCGAUAUUUCCAAGAAAUCAGUUUAUUUCAAAGCAGGAGAUAUUGACUUGGCUGUAGACAUUCAAGAGAAAAUGGUGCCAUUGAUAUCGAAUGUGUCCGCAAAUAUAACACUAUAUAACAUACUUCCUAGUAUCAACGAUAUGAUAAACACACCGGAAGAGAUUUUGAUGGAAGCAGAACAAUCAGAGAGAACUGGAAAAAGAAUGCUGGACAUUAUAGAAGCAAUCUCGGAAGGGAUUCCACUGGAAGGGCAGCAACUCACAGUCUUACAUCCUAAUCUUGGUAUUGGUGUUAUCAAAGUGGAGAAGGAGACGUUCAAUGGUGCUGUCUAUGAAUAUAAUGAAGAUAAAGCUAAGACAAUGAUAUAUAACAACUCAGAUUCAUAUCUGCAAGUAAAAGAUAAUGUAGACUUCAUUUCAUUACCAACGAGUUUGUCAAAACAUCUGGAAACCGAAGAUCAGUCUGCCCUCUCAAGGAUUACGUUUUUCUCUAUGCAGGAUGAUAAGCUAUAUAGGGUAAUGCAAAAUACCAAAACCAAUACUAAAAUUAUCAGUAAUAUUAUUGCCGCAACUAUUCCAAACCUUAAAAUAACCAACCUUGAUGAUCCGGUUACCAUAUCGUUCAAUUUAGCAAAUCAGAAUGCCACCAAACUAAACACCAAGUGUGUUUAUUGGGAUGAAUCUCCUGGACAGGAUUCCCAUUGGUCAACCAAAGGCUGUAAUACAUCCACGUAUGUACCUGGAAAGAAAAUGUCUUGUUCCUGUAACCAUCUGACAAGUUUUGCCCUAUUAAUGAAACUGGAUGCUGUUCCCUCCUCAUCUAUGAUAUCUUACAUUGGCUGCGGAAUAUCAUUUGUCUGUCUUAUUCUUACAGUAAUAAUUCAUCUUUGUUCCAAGUAAGAAUUUUAGUUUCUAUUUGCUUUCAUAACCUGUUUAAAUAUAGAAAGGCAACAUUCACUAUUUAGUGGGGUUCACACAGAUUUGGACGAUCGAUGUGGUUGAUGUCUUCAGAAAAAAUCAUAGAUGAGGAAAGGAUUGCAGAAUGUUACCCCUUUUAUGAGUGACUGAUUGAAGAAAUAUUUUAGGUCAAAUUUUUUGACCCACAAUAAGGAUGA